UCGAUUGCCCAAAAGGGGCAAUAAGAGCUCAAGGGUAUUUUCAUAAUAGUAAUUUGAACAAAUUACUGAACUAUCGGAAUCAAGAUCAAGAUGAUAAUUCACUGCUACAUAAAGCUGUUUUUGCAAAUAACACCGAUGCGAUAAAUACACUUCUUGUAAAUGAUGUGAAUUCUCUUGCUAUAAAUAAUAAGGAUCAGACUCCUUUUGCAUUAGAUGGUAUAAGCUUAAGUGCAAAAAGCGUGCUAACUGAGGGUAUAAGAGAGCAAUCUAAGCGAUAUAAAGAAAAUACCAUGGCAAUGCCUCAAUUGCUUUUACUCCUGGUUUUCUCUACUAUUGGAGUUGGUGCUGAUAUAUGUCUAUUACUAGGUGAUAGAACCAAUUCUUGUCGCAUUGCGGUAGUAAUAG